UUUUCGGACGACGAAGAUGAUGCUGCCGAAGUUAUUCACAAUUUUUUGUUUGGUUGUUUCAGCGAUCAAUUUUCAUGAAGGUACAGGAAAAAAACUGACCGAGAAUGCAAAUUACUUGAUUGACAAAUUCGAGAUUGAUGCAAAUUAUUGGAUUGACAAAUUCAACAUGAAUAUUAAUCACGAUAGAGCUUGGUUCACUGAAAUAUACAGAAGUACAGAAAAAAUAAGUCAUCUUCCAGAAAGAUAUGGAGAAAACGCAACUAGAGUCUUUGGCACACAUACUUACUACCUACUGGAGAAUAAAGUCUUUGCUGUGUUCCAUCGACUAAAUUCGGAUCAGCUGUGGCAUUUUUAUCAAGGAGCGAAACUAACCCUGUUCGUCAUUGAUCAUGUGACUGGGGAACUUACGUGUCAUUACCUCGAAAAUUCGGCCAAAAACUUUGUAGUUGCAGUGAAACGAGGUGACUGGUACGGCGCACGCUUGACAAAUCCCGACGUGGGAAAAUAUUCUCUUUUCGGAAUUACCGUCUCUCCUGGGUUUGAAAUGGAAGAUAAUUAUGAACCAACGGCUAAAGAAUUGAUUACAAUGUAUCCUAAACACAAGGAAGUUAUCAAGUCAUUGACGAGAAAGUAGCAAGAGUGCACAAUAUACAAAAUAAAACCGAGAUGCUGCGAUUUGACAAACUUUAUCAAUAUCUGCAAUAAAAGAUUUCCAAAUAUAUACAAAACCGUCUGAAGUUCAUGUAUUAAAUCUGCACUUUAGGAUGACUAGUAUGUAAAAGGUUAUGUUGUGUUCAGAAGAUAAGGACAAAGAUUGAAAAUACAAUAAAAAGGUUACAUUUAUUUUAAAACUCGUAUAUUUGAAAGAAUUAAAAAUUUGAAAGUUGAAAUGAUAGAGUAAAUGGAACUAUCUAAAUUCUCCCAAAAUUCAUAUCAACAUGUUUGUUUUGUGAAUAAAUCUUUGCGCUGUUAUAUAAAAAACCUAUUGAAAUAUAAAGGCAUCAAACUCAAGUAUGUAAGUCUUAUAUUUCGUAAC